CACCCUCGAUGGGACAUCAACAAUGUCCCAACCAGAUCGUGCCCGCGAUCGCACAGCUCCUUGGUACUCGAUUCCAGCGCGCGAGAUCGUUACCGUUGAACAUCCAUGCGUGGUGCAGAACAUAGAUAAAGGAAUUCAAACCCUCGACGGGAAUGGCGGCAUUUCAAGGCUUCUGAACCCCCCUCGCCAAGAUGCAUCAAUCAGCCUAUUUCUAUGCCCUGAGGAUGGCAUGAGCAGGCCUUUGUCCUCCACCUGUAAUCCAGCAAACAACAUCUUGUUGAAGAUUACUGUCCCCAAGAGGACUGGUCGCAAGCGCAAACGUGGUUCGAAUGAGCCCUUUACCGGCAACGACCAUGAUGCUUCUGCAGGAGACUGUGGGUCUAUUCCUUCCAAUCCUCCAUCAACCUCCCGUGCUCUAUCCGCGCGGGCCUUGCUACGGCAACUCCAGGAUAGCGUGGGAAAAUAUGAGGUCGAAGCAGUUGGUCGCAUCGAGCGGAUGCAUGUAUUUCGUGGCAUGCCGGAUUUCGUCUACUCAACAACCUCCAGCCCGUUUAUGACGAAAUUCAGGGAGAAGGUCUUACCGUUCCGAUACGACAAACUCAAAGAGUUUCAAUUUGAUAUGACCAAAGGCUCUACCACAAACAUUGACAUCAUCCCGCCUCCCGCCCUAAGCCGCGGAGACGUCCCCUUCAACUACCUCUACCGCCAAAACCCCACCGUCAAGCAAUCAAUCGGCCCAUCGGGCGAAAUAACAACCACCAACACGCAGCAAAUCGUGAAAGUCCUCACACACCUCGUAGCCUGCGACGUCCCUUCGGUCCCCACCGGCCCCAGCGAAAACUGCCCGCCAAUCCACACCCUCGACCAAACGCUGCGGGAAACCAUUUCGAUCCUCCAAUCCCUUUUCGAAACCCGCGUGGCCUGGACCCGCCGCGGCCUACGAAACCACCUCGCCACCAACGAGCAGAAAUACGCCCUCCGCCUCGCCGUGCCGUACGUGGGAUACAUCUUCCGCUCGGGCCCGUGGCGUGACGCGAUUGUGAAAUUCGGCCACGACCCGCGCCUCGACCCCUCCUCCUGCGUCUAUCAGACAUUCAUGUUCCGCACGCUCCCAUCCAGCAUCACCGAGCAACUCGAUAACGACAACGGCAACGGCAACGGCAAUGACAAUAACAAUAACACUGCCCCCGCACCUGCGAACCAAACGACAACAAUAACAACAUCGAUAUCGAACAGACGCCAGACCCGCCCGCGCCUCUCCUCCGCCGUCCCCGCCGCCGAAACCACCCCCGCAACCCCCUCCCACAUCUUCACCGGCCAAGCCCCGCUGCCCCGCGACGGCAAGAUGUGGAUGAUCUGCGACAUCACCGACCCCAUCCUCGCCCGUCUCCUUAGUCCACCCACGCCCGCACAGCCAUCCCCGUCAGCAGAACCAACCUCCCCCACCCCCGCGCCCUCGCCCUGGCCCUGCGAUAUCCUCUCCUCCGGCUGGUACGGCAACGUCACCCUCGCCGUCGCCAAGACCAUCAUGCGCGCCAAGAUCCAGCACAUGCUCGAGACCGGCACGACGCCGCCGGCCGCGAUGGAAGCGGACUUCGCGCCGCUGCUGGCGUUUCCGGCGCGGGUGGGCGGGGAUGCGGAGGUGGGGAGGCGGUGUGCUGUUGAUGCUACUGCUGCUACUAAGGCGGGGCAGAGGGUUAGUGCGCGGUGUUUGUCCUUGGCGGCGGAGGUGAGGGCGAUGGUUCGGGGGGCGCCGGGGCGGAAGGUGUUUUUGGACAGGGGGCGGAUGGGAGGGGUGGGUGGUGGUGGUGGUGGUGGUGGUGAAAGGGAUGGGGGAGGGGAGGAGGGCGAGCGAAAUCAGGCCAAAAAGGUUAAGUGGGACGAUGAGGCUGCGGGAGGAGGAGAGGAGGAGGGGGAGGAGGACGACGAGGAGGGCGAGGAGGAGGGACAGGGAGAGGAGGACGAGGAGGAGGACGAAGGAGAAGAAGAAGAUGAUGACGUGGAGAUGUCCGGCAUGUAG